AUGAAGCUUUUGAUGGCGACGAGGAUCCGACUGAAAAUAAACUGGCUUCGCCAAAACGCACUGAGCCGCGUGAGAAGCGAAAAAACCGGAAGUGAUGUAAGUCUUUAUUACAUGUCAAGUGACUAUCAUCAUGACAGCCUGACAGACAAUAUGCCCCGUAUUCGUCACCAGGAGAGUGAGAGUGAAGGCGCCAGUAACACGUACGGGGACGAUGACAUCGACAACAUCCUUGACACCCAACACACCGCCGUCGCCGACACUAGCAUGUCAAUGGACAUGAACGAAGCAUUUGAUGAAAUGUUGAUCGGAGUUACUUCAGACUGUAAAGGUUUGGACGAGCUGAACAAAGAGAGCACUACAGACCCGGAUCAUGUCCCCGGUGAUGUCGGUGUUGAAAAUGUGACUGUUGGUGUGGUGGAGCAUUACGAGGAGCCAGGGACUCCCGGAAGUGAUCGUUCGAUAACUCUGGAGCCAUACCGCGAGGGGAGACGCCCGCCCUGGAUGGACGAGGAUGAUCUCUCACCCAGGUCUGCUCAUGGUGAUAGCUCACUACAAACAACUCACCUUGACCAUCCUGGCAACUCAAGUAAUGUUCAAUUUGGAACAGAAAUUGAUAAAGGUUUUGAAGAAGCUCUAGCUUUAAACUACGCAGCAGGGUAUGGACCAGGAGGUUUAGGGUUGUGUUUUGAAUCCAUCAGAGAAGAACCUGAAGACACUGUCAGCGAAGAUGCCGCAGAGGCUGAAAUAAUUGAAGCCUCUGUGUUCAAGACUCAAGCUGUUGUGUCAUCGAGGUCAUCCUCCAGAGCAAGCUCUAUCUCAGAUCGUCCUGGUCUUGACGACAGCCGGUCUGACACCGUCCCGAUCAACGGCGUUGCUGAACCAAUCGCUGAGGAAGGUUCCGACGAGGAGCUAGGGCAGUACGAGAAGAAUUAUAAAGGUCCCUUAACAAGCUUCGGUCGCUUCUAUAACAACUCUACAACAGAGAACGUCAACGGUCUGACGCCUUUCAGGACGUUUGGUUAUUCCGAGGAUGGCCCUCCGGCCUCGCCUCACUGUAACGCGAACAGUGUAGACCAACAUGUGUUUAAAUAUAAUAAUGAUGAUAAUAAUGAGAACCAUGGCAACCAGGAACAUUUAAAACCAGUAGAACAUAUCGACCACAAUGAUUCCUUCUACUCGGAGCACGAACCGUCCGCUGCUAGACAGAGGUUCACCUUCUCUGAAGCCAAUGGGCAAACUGGAUCAGACGAUCACACUUACUAUUUCGACGGUAAAGAUGGCGCCUGGUCCAACCCUGACAUGCCGUCUCCCAAACCAGCUAUCCAGAGUCUAGGGCCCUGGCCCGAGAACGAGGAUGAUUUGCAGGAUUUUGAUAUGUCUUUCGAUUCGGAUUUUUCCGAGGUGUCCACUUCAAACAGUCAGUCGGAUGUUAGCAAACCACAAGUCAAAGGGUUCGUGACAUCCACGGUGUCUAGUCACGCAGUAAACGGGGAACCCCCGGGGACAGAUAAGAAUGCUGCGUUUUUCUGAUGUACAUAUGUAAAACUAAACGUUAGACACGGUAACUGAGGCGCGGAAGUCUUCCUGCAUACAUAACUUCCAACCUAACAGUUAUUCGUACAGUAUAUCACGACAAGAUAUGAAGCUGGUGAGCCAAAAUAUUAACUUGCACCAGGUGCAAGAUUGCAUUAAUAUGAGUUUGCACUAGGUGCAAGAUUGCAUUAAUACGAGGUUGCAUUAGGCGCAAGAUUGCAUUAAUACGAGGUUGCACUAGGCGCAAGAUUGCAUGAACAUGAGGUUGCAUUAGGUGCAAGAUAGCAUUAAUAUGAGGUUGCACCAGUGCAGGUUCCAUGUGCGAAAAUCGAGCCAUGUUAAGGUUGGUCAUGAAUGCUGCUGAACACACGUUUCUUAAUCAAAACCUCGGUGUCGAGUGUAGGAUCAGUAUUUGGUGCAUUAGUUUAACGAUAUAUUCAGAUUCAGGGGGAAGUGGUGUUUAGACGUAUAAGUGUCUGAGAUAUUGAGUAUGUGUGUUAGCGUCGGUAAGCUCUGUGGUAGUCAUCUAUGACGUGGAUCAUGAAACAGAACCUGGAUUCAUGAAGUCACAGAUGCUUCAGCCAAGGAUUCGGAUUAGCGGAUUCUAUCACUGGAAUACAAUUGUGUGCGUCUUUGUUGUAGUGCUGUGACCGGAGUGAAAAAUACGUCGUUGAUCCGGGUAGGUGUAACACGUGGCAAUAGGUAACGAAUCAUGUUUUAGCAGCGCCACCUAGAUACAACAUGGCGACUGUGAGAUAGCGCGGGACGUUGUGUAACUUCCGACGAGUAACUUUGUGGAGCCAUGUUUAGAUAGACGUCAGUGUUGAAGGAGACGGUUCAGUGUGUGUGUGGAGUCAAGGUUUGACAAUAACAUUGAGUAGAGGUAGGGUUGUAUGUUAGAACGCAGGAAGAAGUACCGUAUUCCCUCCAUUAAGAGACGCGGGAUAACGACUGGGGAUGAGAGAUUGGUCUCUUCAUACGCAGAUCCACAAGGGUCAUCCCACCCACUUCUUUCUUUUUUUGAUACAGGGAUGUGUAUUCAGGGAUAGAGCCCCUCCCCGACCCUCCCCUUUCUGGGAGUGACAUUCUAUAGACAAA